ACUUCGCCUUUCACUGGUUGUUCCGAAAAAGUUACUAGUGUAAAACGAUGAAUGAGGCAGACAUUCCGAUCGACAUCCAUGCUGGGAAGCUGCUCGACUGGUUAGUAUCGCGGCGUAUCGUCGAUAAAAACUGGCACCUUCACGUCCGCAACAUACGCAACAAAAUCAGCAAUGCAAUCACGGACAUGCCAGCUCACGAUGAGCUGCUGCAACUACUAUCUGGUGCCCACAUCAACUACUUCCACUGUCAGCGCAUCGUGGACAUUCUCAAAAUGACCGAAGCGGAUACGAAAAAUGUCUUCGGACGAUAUGGCAGCCAGCGGAUGAAGGAUUGGCAGGAAAUUCUUAGAAUGUACGAAAAGGACAGUAUCUACCUUGCGGAGGCGGCCCAAAUCUUGGUGCGCAAUAUCAACUAUGAAAUACCCGGCAUUCGGAAGCAAAUCAAACACCUGGAGCAGCUGAGCGAGGAAGCCGAAAAGAAGAUCAACGAUUUAGGGCGCUCAGAGAAGGUCGUUUAUGGCGAGUAUAUGAUGAUGUGCAAGCAGUUGGACGUAUCUGGUAACAACUUGCGCCAGGAGCUGGUACAGAAAGUGUUCAACGAUCUACCGGGGAUGUUCGAGAAGGUGGCUAGCUCGGUUGGUCCUGUGAAGAAAGCGAUCGAGCUUUACGCAUCGUUCGUGGGCAGUCAGGAGUGCUUGCCGCUGCUUAGACAUGUCGUAGCGAAGGGUAAUACGACCGUCUACGAAUACGUGUACGGUGAGCCACCGUUGAAAGUGGAGCAACCUACGGUAAAGUUCCAAGUGCCUGUGAACGACGAAGACGCGGGUGCAAUCGAUUUCGGUGACGACGGAGCAGCCGAAAUUGACUUUGGUGACGAGAACAUCGAUUUUGACGCUCCAGUCGAGCUAGAAGUCGGUGACAUCGACUGGGGAGGUGCAGCAGCGGAAGCAGCGCUGGAAGCGGAUGCCGGCAACGAAAUAGAUUUCAAUAUUUCGCUUGAGGAGAGCGGUAUCGUGGUCGAGCAGGACGGCAAUGCGGGUGGUUUGGCGAAAGGCAACGAAGCUUAUACGGUGCUAGAUGCACCGAAGUAUCGGGAAAACUUUUUGAACGAUCUCCUCGAACUGCAAGCUUUCCUCAAGAUGCGCCUCUAUCAGCUUGGCAGCUCCGACAAGGUGCAGUUGCUUUCUCUCACGAUGAUGGAUAGUUUUCCGGAUCACGACGAAAAGUCGCUCACGAAAAUGCUCGCCGAGGUGGAAGUGGUGUACACCGGGUUGACGGAGGAUCUGCUACAGCAUCUGCAUCAAAUUAAACACUCGCCACAGUACGUUGACAUUCUAACUUCAAACGUCCAGCAAAAGCUCACCUCGAUCGAGAAGAUGAAGGAUACGGCCAAGGCGCUGAAGGAGAAAUCGAUCAACUUCCGCCAGCAGAGCGUUGAGCUGAAACCGACUCAAAUGAAAAUUAUCGAGCAGACCAAAACGCUACAGGGUCAGAUCGAAAAAGAUAUUUCGAAACGGUACAAAAACCGAAUCGUCAAUUUGUAUGGAACUAACGUGUAGAAAACUGUGGGUAGCAUAUGUUUAGAGCUUUUUCUUCGUUAAUAAAUAUCGCGAUCGCUGGUUAUAUUUGAAUG